UAGUGUUCCGAAGGGCGAAUUUUGGGUGAGGAUGGUGAAGAGAAACUGAGAAGGAGCAGGUGAUGGCAUCGCCUACGUUUUUCAGGGGUUAUGUUCAUGGGAAGAACAUUGAGAAUGAGAGCCAGAUGCUUGAAGACAUUAGCCCAACCAGCAAGUCAGUCCGGGACUCCAAAUCCCUCCUCACCGAAAUGAGGGCCCAGAAUUUUGAUGUCAUCCGAUUUGCCACCUAUAGGACAGCUUGUAAGCUGAGAUUUAUACAGAAGAAGACAAAUUUAUCCCUAGUGGACAUCUGGAAUAUCAUUGAGUCGUUCCGGGAGAAUGGUCUGAACUCACUUGAGCCUGACUCGGAAUUGAACUCAUCUCGUGUAGAAGCCAUCAUAUCGAGUCUGUUCUGUAAUCUAAACAAACGUCUUCCUUCCACUCAACAAGUCAAUGCUGACCAGUGUGUUAACAUGUUGUUACAUUGGGUCAUAUCAGCCUAUGAUAGAGAAGGUUAUGGAAGAAUGAGUGUUUUUUCCCUCAAGGUCGCCCUCUCCCACAUGUGUUCUGGGAAAAUGAUGGACAAGCUUAGGUAUAUCUUCACCCAGAUUUCUGACUCCAGCGGUAACAUGGUGUGGGUGAGGUUUGAGGACUAUCUCCAGGCCCUGCUGGCCCUCCCAGCAGCUGUUUUUGAGGGACCUUCCUUUGGAUAUAAUGAGACAGCCCCCAGAAGCUGUUUUGACAAAAAUACCCCAGUGAAUGUGAAUGAUUUUCUGAAUGUGAUGAUGGCAGACCCAGGACCACAAUGUUUAAUGUGGCUUCCAAUCCUUAUCAAGAUGCCACAGGUUGAAAAUGUGUUCCAUCCGGUGCAGUGUGAGGGUUGCCAUCGCGAAUCCUUCAUGGGUUUCCGCUACAAAUGUCAGAGGUGCUGUAAUUUUCAACUGUGCCAAGACUGCUUCUGGAGGGGGCGAACAGCUGGUAACCAUUCCAACGACCAUCAAAUGAAGGAAUUCACUGCUUACAAAUCUCCAGCCAAGCAGAUAGGACAUAAUCUGAAGAAGACGUUUAAAUGUGUGCCAAACAAGUCAAUGCAAUCGAAGCUCCCACAAUUCCCUGAGACUCCAGAAAAAACCGUCGACCUUUCAUACAUCAUAAAUCUGCCUUUUGAAGAAGUCAUGUCUUUAUUGAAACCUCCUACUCCACAACAACAGCCCAGAAACGGUUUCCAUGACACCCUGCUGAAUCACGCAGUCAACUCACUACAGCUGAAUGGGGGAGAACCUCAGAAAAGCCCCAGGAAGGUUGCGGCCAGCGUGGAGUGUGUUCCUGUGGAUGAUGAACAUCGUUUGAUCGCCCGGUACGCAGCUCGCCUCGCAGCUGACGCAGAUAAUACAGCAAGAAGUCCUACAGAGUUGAACUUCAGCCUAGACUCCAACAAGGCUCAGAGGGAGCUAAUAUCCCAACUGGAGGCCAAAAACAGGGAGAUUAUGAGAGAAAUCCACAGGCUUCGAUCAGAGCAAGAGGCUCAUGCACGGAGUACAGAAAGUGCCCAGUAUAACCCAACGUUACUGGCAGAAUUACGACAGCUCAGGCAGCGUAAAGAUGAGCUGGAGUCCAGAAUGUCGGCCUUACAGGACAGUCGUAAAGAACUGAUGGUACAGCUGGAGGGGCUGAUGAAACUGCUGAAGACACACCCCACCUCCCCUCGAGCUGUCCCCACUGAGAGCACCAGCAACCCCCACCAUCAGAACCUCUCACAGUCCCUCCCAGACAGGUACCCUGCCCCCAAUAUCCCCACCACACCCGCCAUGGAGUCCUCCAUGCUAGCGGGGGUAGGGGGCGAGGUGCGGCAGGCGUUCUAUAAUCCCGGCCCAGUGGAAAACGUUCGGCUGAUCCGGAAUGACCUCAUGUGUGCUGCUGAUUCUGUCACCAGUGCCAUGUCUUCACUCGUCAAAGAACUCAACUCAGAGGCCAGUAGUAGUGAUGAAGAUGAAGACAACAUUAGAAAACAAGAAGCCAACUUAGAAAUGGAGGAAGUGUAUAUUGUGGAAUCUCAGGAUGAAGUGGACAGCUGGCAGAAUGAAAUUCUACACCGUAUGGAUCAGGACCAGGACUUUUUAUCCCAGCUGAAGGCUCGACGGAACAGAAAUAAUAAUCAGAGUGAUAGUGAAACAGAUUCCCUGCCCCCUCCCUCCUACGCGUCAGUUACAGAGAGUGCCACGCCCUACUACCCCGUCUCCAACAACAACCGGGAGGGAACGGAGGACGGAGAUUCCUUUGUUCUGACGGACGACAACAAAACGGAUGAUGACGCAGAGCUGUACGACAAUCAUCCCAAGGAGUUGCCUAACAGAAUGACGUCCAGCACACAUACGACGGAUGACGAGAGUUACCUUCAGUCAGACGCAGACUCCUACAUCCGCACAGACGAUGAUGAGGAAAGCAGCAACACAGACUGGGAGGAGUCUAUGAAGAGAUGGGUCAACCGAUAGGCGGAGUCAAAUGAUUGACAGACAGGGUCAACCAAUAGACAGCCAGGGUCAAGCAGUAAUCCAGCGGGGGUUGUGCAAUCUAAUAUAAUGAGAUGAAACACUCAAGUAGUGUGUAGAGAAAUCAACUGUUCAUUCAAGAAGGGAUUGUGCAAUCAUGGAAGUGCAAAAUGAAGAGGUUUAGAGAAACACUGAAACCAAAGAGGUCUUAUCUCAGCAAAUGAACUCAUUACUGAGUGUGAUAAUAUUAAAGUGCAAUGCUGAUAGGGCAGGACAUACCUCAACAUGUAGGGUGAACUGUGAAAUUCUAUAUAUUUUCAUGAAAAAACAAACAUUUCAAUGUAUUCCAGUUAAAAUUGCUUCAUAAUUCAGAUGUCUAGUCAACAAAAGGAGAUCCCAGGGCAGUUAUCCGAAACUGUGCUAUGUGUAUAUUGUUGAUUUUUUUUUUUAUUUCUCUAGCAAGAUGGUGUGCAAUAUUCUAUUUGAGUUUUCCCAAAAGCUAUGGGUUGUCAGCAUUUUUAUCUUUUACCAAAGAAUAUGUUUCCUGAUAUUCAGCAAUCAAGGUUAGCUCUGGUACUGAAUGAGCUACAUGUUUUAUAUGUUUUCUUAUAACAAUGUUCCAUUUUUAUGCUUAGAUUUUAAUAUACCGGGUAGUUUUCAGGCUGAGCUCGGUAUAUAAUAAUACAUGUACAUUAAUAAUAACUCAUAAACACACAGACCAAAAUUAAAUAAUAUAACAUAUCAGCAGAUUAUUACAUUUUAUUUCAUGUGCUAACUUCCAUUAUUCACAUUAUAAAAUAGUUUUUUUGUAAACAUUAAAAAGCAUGUUACAUAUAAAGAAUGAUAACUCUGUCUAAUGGAAGAUACAAAAGUAAUUAUACCAAAAGAAACUUUUAAUAAAAAAGUUAGCUAAAGUCUAUUGUAGUUAAAUUCAUGUAAAUUAACACUUAAAAAAAAACAGAACAAUUUGCUGUGUUAGACUUGAACAAUUCUUUCAUAUAUAUUUUAUAUGAAUUAGCAUUCAUAUUUUAUUUGAUUUAGCAUGCAAUUCAAUGCAUAUUUUCAUAUACUAGUAUGUACAGGUAUUUAUGCUUUUAUUUUACUCCUAUUAUUUAUAGCUUAAUUUUCUUAAUCUUUCAAAUUUCAUAAUUUUGAAAAAUAACAGUCCCUGAAUUUGAUAGCUCUAGUCCAUAGUUCUACCUCUAGCAUAAUCAGUAUGCUGUUAGAAGAAAGUCAACUUAGAAUUCAAAGUCUUCAAAACUUAGUAGCCAGUUUUAGUUGUAAAUGUCAUCACCUUUUGAAAUUAACAUAUCAUCAACAUUAAUAAUGUCACCGCAUGAGAUUAAGUAGAUUUCUGUGUUAGUAUUCUAUUGGGAUUUAUUACUUCUUACAUGGUAUGUAUGAGUUGCCAUUGAGUGAAGUCUUGGUGUUUAUUGAUUACUACUUAAAAAAUAUUUCUUUUCGGCAAUAUGUUGUCAUAAUUCUUUGUUAAAUUAUUUGUAUGUUAUUAAUGCACUAAUAAUUGUUGUUUGUUAUGCCCCCUUCAAAGAAGGGAGGGCAUAUUGCUUUGCUGCUGUCUGUCAGUCCGUCGGUCGGUCUGUCGGUCCACUUAGUUUCCGUUCAUUUUCUUUGCAACCGUUGCAGAUACUGAAAUGAAAUUUGGUAUACAGAUAUAUCACAUGAAUAUCUAGGGCAAGUUCUGUUAUGGGUACGAUCGCAUCAUUUUUGACAGAGUUAUGCCCCUUGGACUUUGAAAAAUUGCAAUUAUUUGCAGUUUCCGUUCAUUUUCUUUGCAACCGUUGUAGAUACUGAAAUGAAAUUUGGUAUACAGAUAUAUCACAUGAAUAUCUAGGUUAAGUUAUGUUUUGGGUACAAUCGCACCAUUUUUGACAGAGUUAUGCCCCUUGGACUUAGAAAAAUUUCAAUUAUUUGCAGUUUCCAUUCAUUUUCUUUGCAACCGUUGUACAUACUGAAAUGAAAUUUAGCAUACAGAUUUAUCAGAGGAAUAUCUAUGUCAAGUUAUAUUUUGGGUAUGAUCGCACCAUUUUUGACAGAGUUAUGCCUUUUGGACUUGGAAAAAUUCCAAUUAUUUGAAGUUUCGGUUCAUUUUUUUUUUCACAACCGUUGAAAAUACUGAGAUGAAAUUUAGAAUACAGAUUUAUCAGAUAAAUAUCUAGAUUAUAUUCUGUUUUGGGUACCAUUGCACCAUUUUUGACAUUAUUAUGCCUCUUGGACUGAGAAAAAAAAUUCCAAUUAUUUGCAGUUUCCUUUCAUUUUCUUUGCAGAGGUUGCACAUACUAAAAUGAAAUUUGGUAUACAGAUUUAUCAGAUGACUAUCUUGGUCAAGUUCUGUUUUGGGUACAUGUACAAUCACACCAUUUUUGACAGAGCUAUUCCCUUUUGGACUUGGAAAAAUUUCAAUUUGGGGGGAGGGGGGCAUAAGUGUUUUACAAACAUCUCUUGUUUUUUUAAAAAUCACCUAACUUUAUAACUUAAGAUUUAGAAAAUAUAAAUCAAGCAGACAAUAUACCUAUAUAUGCCUUUACGAAGUGCUCUACAGUUAAGUUAAUUUUCUAUAAAGUUGUAUAACUACUACUAUUAAAUAAAGAAUGUACUGUGUAGAUAUUUUUAUUUGAUACUGCUGUUUUGCUUCUGUUUAUCUUUUCUAUCAGCUAUUUGUGAUUCAUUGAUAUGACAGAGGUUGUGCUCUUGUAUUUUACAUGUCUUACAAUGUAUCACAAUAUUUUACAAUGUAUUACAAUGCAUUACAGUGGUUGUAAUUUAUGUAACUUGUACAGUGGUUACAAUGUAAAACAUAUUGUUUGUAAAUGUGAUACAAAUAUUAGUAUUACAGAUGACUGUACCUGGUAAUUUGUCCAUCAUGGUUGAAAAAUGGUUGUCUGUGUUAAACAAUGGCUAUACCAAGUCUGACAGUAGAGCUUUACAUCUUGUAACAUUGAUUAUUGUUUUAUACAUUUGACUAUUGAAAUUUUUGUUAACAUAGAAAUUGUUGUUGAUAUAAAGAUGAAAUAAUUCAUGAUUAGAGAUAUUUGAAGGGGAAAAAGGCUAUGUUUAAUAUAUAGACCUAAUAAAACAUAACAAAGAAUUUA